AGAGGAGCUUGUUCCUUAUUGCAUUUUAGUUAUAUACUUACUGUGUUUCUCAUGGAAGGGGUGCAAAGUAGCAGGAUGUAUUCGAGUUGGAAAAUGGGGGAAAAAAAGUGGAGGUCCUCAGAAUGAGUGGUCUUUUGCACUUGAGAAAGAUCAUAAAUUGGUGAAGAUAACCAUUGACCAUGGUGAACUAAUAUACUCUCUCAUGUUCACAGCUAAAUGUGGAGGUGUUUUGCAUAAUUCCAACAAGUUUGGUGGUUGGAAUGGUGGAGACACAGUUUCUGAGAUACACUUUGAGGGUGAUGAGGAAAUAACUGAGGUUGGUGGAGCCAUUGGUAAUCGAGGGGGUAAUCAAGUAAUUUCAUUACUAUCAUUUAAAACAAACAAGAGGACAUAUGGACCUUUUGGUUGUGCAACUGAAAAUGUUUUUUCUUUACCAUGGCACAAAGGCUCAUUAGUUGGGUUUUAUGGGCUUGCUGGCUAUUAUAUUGAUAGCAUUGGUGUGUAUCUUAAAGCCUAUGAGAAUAUCAUACGGGUUGGAACAUGGGGAAAAACUGAACCUGGAAGUCCACAAAAUGUUUGGUCUUUCCAGCUUCAGAAAAAUCAUUAUUUGAAGAAGAUAAUCAUUGAUCAUGGUGAUCUUAUAUACUCUCUCAUGUUCACCACACAAUGUGGAAGCUUAACACAAACUACUGAAACCUUUGGUGGCUGGAAUGGUGGAGAGAGAAUUUCUGAGAUAAUAUUUGAAAGGGAUGAGGAAAUAACUGGAAUCUGCGGAACAAGUGCAUUCUCAAGGGGAAGUGUUGAUGGAUUGUCUAUAAUAUCAUCAAUAUCAUUCAUCACAAACAAGAAAAAUCAUGGACCUUUUGGUAAUGUAAGAGGAGCUCCUUUCCCUGUACCAUUGGAUGUUGGUUCUUUUGUCGGAUUUUAUGGGCUUGCUGGCUAUUAUAUCGAUAGCAUUGGUGUGUAUUUGAAAGCCUACAAGUGA